CGACAAGCAUUCCGCGGUUUGGACGCGGGUCUUUUGCGCUCUCUCUCUCUCUCUCCCGCUGUGAAACUUCCAAUAUCCAAUUUCCAACGCUGACACGCCAGUAGGACCUCAGACUACAAAGCUUUGAACCCUUCUUGGGAUUUUGAUCCACCCGAGCCGUCUAAAGGAGAAAGAGGUUAUCUGCCACUCACAGAUUCUGAUGGGUGGUGAUAAAAGGAACAGAGUAUUUGCAUUGACGGCCUUGCUCAUUCUGGGUUUGUCUGUAACCUUCCCAUGUUGUUUCUCGGCAGCCAAUCAGCCCCAGACAAAGAAAAAAUCGGCCCAAGCGAAUAAAUUUGGUUCUUCAGCUGUUUUUCCUCUUCAUGGAAAUGUGUAUCCUCUUGGGUACUACUCUGUGUCCAUCAACAUAGGCUACCCAGCCAAGCGCUUCGACCUCGAUAUUGACACUGGCAGUGACCUCACUUGGGUCCAAUGUGAUGCUCCUUGUACCGGUUGUACCAAGCCCCGUGAAUAUCUUUAUAAACCCAAAAACAACCAUCUGCAAUGUGGAGACCCUCUUUGUGUUGCCUUCCACUCACCAGCAAGCGACCCAUGCAAGACCCCAGAUGAUCAAUGCGACUAUGAGGUUGAAUAUGCUGAUCAAGGAUCAUCUCUUGGUGUGAUGGUUAACGAUUACUUCCCCCUGAAGUUCACCAACGGCUCUCAACUUGGUCCUCGUUUGGCCUUUGGGUGUGGAUAUGAUCAAAAAUAUCCUGGUCCAAACACACCUCCCACCACAGGAGUCAUCGGCCUUGGCAAUGGCAAAGCCAGCAUUGUGUCACAACUAAGUCGCAUGGGUUUAACGCGUAAUGUGGUGGGUCACUGUCUAAGUGGGCAAGGAGGAGGAUUUCUUUUUUUCGGGGAUGAUCUUGUCUCAUCUUCUGGAGUCAUGUGGACACCAAUGUCACGCAAUUCCAUGGAAAAUCACUACUCCUCUGGACCAGCAGAACUUGUAUUCAAUGGAAAGUCUACCGGUGUUAAGGGGCUUUCUCUUGUUUUUGACAGUGGGAGCUCCUACACUUAUUUCAAUUCCCAAGCUUACAAGGCGGUAGUUAAUCUGGUAAGAAAUGAUUUAGAUGGAAAGCCAAUAAAGGAAACAAAUGAGGACAAAUCCCUUCCAAUCUGCUGGAAAGGCCGCAAGCCUUUCAAAUCUGUUGGUGAUGCGAAGAACUUUUUCAAGCCCUUAGCACUGAGCUUCAUUAAUGCCAAGAAUGUUCAGCUGCAAUUAUCACCCGAAGAUUAUCUUAUAGUUUCGAAACAUGGCAAUGUGUGCUUCGGGAUUUUGAAUGGCUCUGAAGUAGGACUGGGAAAUUUGAAUAUCAUCGGAGACAUUAUGUUGCUAGAUAAAAUGCUGAUAUAUGACAAUGAAAACCAGCGAAUUGGAUGGGCACCUGCAAAUUGCAAUAGACUUCCCAAUGUGGAUCGUGAAUACUCUGAAGGUAAUUCUCAGCCCAUUGCAGCUAAUUUGGGUAUCUUGGAACAGCAUUGUCCUGCUUAUGCUUUGUAUGAUCAAUAAGGCGGUAUACAGAGAAGGCUUCAAGACCAAAGACCAAAAUAAAUAAAUAUAUAUAUAUAUAAUAUGUAGCAGAUACGUACAACAUUUUGGUUACAGGAGUUUUACAAUAGUUCUUUUGUCUACUACUCUAGCAGAGAGAAGAAAGAAGAAGUUAGUUCUAGUUGUCUUUUGUGAACUUACAAAGUGGGAAAUGUAAGCGGGUAUGGAUACCCCAGUACGUGAUAAUACAUGCGUUUGGAUAAA